UCUAAUGAAGAAUGUAAAUUAAUAUAAAUAUACUCUGUUUCCUGCCCAAAUUCAUCAAAAGCUUUAGAGGAUCGGACGUGCCGGAGAGCAAUUUCCAGGUCGAUACGAACAUCAGUUUUGUAUAUAAUUUGUAUAGAUUCAUAACAGAUUCAUCCAGAGAGAGUGAAGGAUCGGAGAGAUAGAUCAGUGUAUAUAUAUACAUUCAAACAAAAAUGCUUAAUUGCAUUCCUCGUUCAAAGCAAUCCGCCGGGGAAUCGGAGAAAUCGAACUCAAAUGCAGCUUCGCAGAGCAAGCAAUCGGCUAAAAAUCUCAGUUCUCAGAUAAAGGAUAUGGCGCUGAAGGCGUCGGGGGCGUAUAAGAACUGCAAUUCGUGCACGAGCCAGCCGAAUCUGCGGCGGAACGGGAGCGUGAGCGGGGGGGCGGCGGACCUGGCGGCGCCGGACAAGUUCCGGUGGUCGUACAGGCGGACGGGGAGCUUCAGCUCGAACUCGACGUCGGGGAGGAAGGAGUUGGAGGCGAGGCUGAAGGGGAUAUCGAGCGGGGAGGUGACGCCGACGUCGAUAUCGGCGUCGGCGAGUGGCCGGCGAGCUGACCCGGUGGUGUUCGUGGAAGAGAACGAGCCCAAGGAGUGGGUUGCGCAGGUAGAGCCCGGCGUUUUGAUCACCUUCGUCUCGCUGCCACGUGGCGGCAACGAUCUCAAGCGAAUUCGCUUCAGUCGAGAAAUGUUCAACAAGAACCAGGCUCAAAAGUGGUGGACAGAUAACUAUGACAAAGUAAUGGAACUCUAUAAUGUGAAGAAGCUAAACCGCCAAGCUUUUCCUUUACCAACCCCACCAAGAACCCAAGACCAGAUUUUAAAGAUGGAACACGAAGGAGACGCACUAAACAAAGAGCGAGUGCCUCGCUCCUUAUACCGCCCAAACCACUCGUCCUCGGAGUCCUUGGAGCAACAACACUCAUCACAUUGUUAUGACAUGGCUGCCUCCACCCCAAAGCUGUCGAGCAUCAGCGGCUUGACGAAGACGGAGACAUCAUCCAUAACAACAACGACGACCAGCACAUCUCGGGAUGCGGACCGCUCGGAGUUCUCGAUAAGCAAUGCUAGUGAUCUCGAGAGCGAAUGGGUCGAGCAAGACGAGCCUGGCGUUUACAUUACCAUCAGAGCUUUGCCUAAUGGUAGGAGGGAACUCCGGCGUGUUAGAUUCAGCCGGGAAAAGUUCGGGGAGAUGCACGCGAGAGUGUGGUGGGAGGAGAACAGAGCCAGAAUACAUAAGCAGUACCUGUGAAGUAACAUUCUUCAAUGAUCCUUA